CGCGCGGUGGGGCCGGGUGCAGAUGGCGGACGCCGAGGCUGACGCGGCCCUGCAGCCGGAGAUGCAGCGGCUGGCCGCCGGCCUCCGUUCUCGGCUCUGGCAGCUGCAGGCGGAGCUGAGGGAGCAGGGGGUGGCCGCGGCGUCGUCGGGCGCCUAUUGCCGCGGGUUCUGUCAGACAUUGCUACAAUAUGCUGGCAGUCGGGCUGCUUCGGAGCACGUUUUGCCUUUUUUGGAAGUGUAUCGAGUCGCCAUUCAAAGCUUUGCCAAUGCCCGACCUUACUUGACUACAGAAUGUGAAGAAGUUCUUUUGGUACUUGGCAGGCUAGUGCUGAGCUGUUUUGAACUACUGCUUUCUGUGCCUGAAAGUGAAGAGCAGUCUGAACCAUUGUUGAGAUUGUUUCAGUCCCUACAGGAUUCCCAUAAUGCUUUACUUGAAUUUGGAGAUACUAGCCUUGAAAUACUGGCUGACAUCUCCAAGGAAGGUGUGUGGAAGAAUCCAGUUCUUUUAAAGAUUAUAUCACAGCAACCAGUAGAAGCAGAAGAAGUCAAUAAGCUGAUUAAACGAGAAGGACCAGCCUUUCUGCAGAUGAGAAUAAAACAUUUGAUGAAAACAAACUGCCUUCCUCAAGCUGCAUCUUUGUCCAAACUGUGUAAAGAGUCCCCAGAAAUAUCAGAUGUAUCGCCUUUUCUCCAGGCCUACAUAACAUGUUUGUGUUCCAUGCUUCCAAAUGAAGAGUCUAUCAGGGAGAUUGCAAAGGUAGACUGCAAAGAAGUCCUGGAUAUGAUAUGUAAUCUGGAAGCAGAGGGCCAAGACAGCACUGCAUUUAUUCUUUGCACGACGUACCUCACUCAGCAGCUUCAGACGGCAAGUGUAUACUGCUCCUGGGAACUGACUUUAUUUUGGAGCAAACUGCAAAGAAGAAUUGAUCCAUCCUUAGAUUCCUUUCUGGAGCGAUGUCGGCAGUUUGGUAUCAUUGCUAGAACGUUGCAGCACUUGUUCUUCCUGAUAAGAGUCAUACAAGCUGAAGCAGAAGAAGCAGGCCUUGCGGUGUCCAUUUUGUUAUGUGUGCGAGCCCUACAGCUCAGAUCAAAUGAAAAUGACGGCAUGAAGUCUUCAGUAUGCAAAACAAUUGCAUGCCUUCUUCCAGAAGACCUUGAAGUCAGAAGAGCAUGCCAGCUCACUGAAUACUUACUUGAGCCAAGUGAGGAAGGAUACAAUCUACUAGAAGAGCUUUACCUGCAACCAGAUCAGAAAUUUGAUGAAGAAAAUGCACCAGUUCCCAACUCCCUUCGUUGUGAACUUCUGUUGGCAUUGAAGGCAUAUUGGCCGUUUGAUCCAGAAUUUUGGGACUGGAAAACUUUGAAGCGGCAUUGUCUCAAAUUAUUAGGGAAGGAAGUUUCUGAGUCAGAGGAAGACCUGAGUUGCAAUGAAAUGCCAUUCAAUGAAACUGAAUUAUUAGAUAGUCUCCUAAGUGACUGUGAAGAAAGCAGGGAAGAUAAUAAUUUUGAAGGUCAUGAUAUAGUAAAUCAGCCCAAAGAAAGAGUGAGAGUCAAAAAGCCAAUUGGCUCCUCUGAAAGGUACCAGAGGUGGCUUCAGUACAAAUUCUUCUGUGUCAUUUGCAAAAGGGAGUGUAUAGAGGCCAGAAUACUUCACCAUUCUAAGAUGCACAUGGAAGAUGGCAUUUUCACAUGUCCAGUGUGUACAAAAAAGUUCAAGAGGAAGGAUGUCUUUGUGACUCAUGUCAUGGAGCAUGUGAAAAUGCCGCCUAGUAGAAAGUACCGCGCUAAGACCAAGAUGCUGAUGAAGAAAGAGAAACGGGCAAAGAGUAAUCUAGCCAGGAUUGCUUCUGCAGCGCUUGAAGAGAAUCAGCCACUGAAAAUAAUGCCAUGUGAAAAACCCAGGAUCGAUACGCAGGACUAUGUCACAUUUAGCAAACUAGAAAACUGUCACCUGCAAGACAGAGACCUGUACCCAUGCCCAGGUACAGGAUGUUCCAGAGUGUUUAAGCAAUUCAAAUACUUAAGUGUCCAUUUGAAAGCUGAGCACCAAAACAAUGAUGAAAAUGCCAUGCAUUACUUGGACAUGAAAAACAAGCGAGAGAAAUGUUCAUACUGCAGGCGGCAUUUCAUGUCGGCGGUCCAUCUGCAGGAGCACGAGCAAGUGCACAACGGCCCUCAGCCUUACAUGUGUGUGUCUGUCGGUUGCUAUGCUCGGUUUGGCUCAGUGAAUGAGCUGCUGCACCACAAGCAGCAGCAUGAUGAUCUGCGUUACAAAUGCGAGCUUAGCGGCUGUAACAUUGUCUUCAGUGACUUGGCACAGCUCUACCACCACGAAGCCCAGCAUUUUAGGGACGCAUCCUACACAUGUAAUUUCCAUGGCUGUAAAAAGUUCUACUAUUCAAAAACUGAGUUUACGGAUCAUCUUUCAAUGCAUAUUUCAAAUGGUGAAAUGAAGGAGAUGCCAGUUAAGCAUGAGGAGAAUGUUUCUGGCAAUAGUCCUGCUUGUGUUUCUGACUCUGAGGUGUUUGAGCAAAAAGAUCCUUCCCAUCUGCAUGAGAGUCUCAGUUUGCCCUCUGGAUCAACAAAUUCAGAGGGAAUUCCGGAAGUUAAACAAGAGCCUCUGUCUGAUGGAGAGGUAGAUGGAAAAAGCAAUGGCAGUUUUGGGAGCAAUAUUGCAUCCCUAGCCAAUGAGAAGCAGAUGCCUGCAUUGACUGAAACCGUAGACUGUGGCCAGGCAAUUUCUAGUGUUUUGUUACCGAAUGAAAAAGUCUUCCUUCCAUCCAGUUUAAAAGAACGAUAUUCAAAUGUGGCCGUCUACUUUGACGGGAAAAGGUUUACCUGUGGCUUUGAAGGCUGUGGAUCAACAUACAAAAAUUCAAAGGGCAUGCAGAAACAUUUGCGAAGGGCUCAUCCUUAUCAUUUCAAACCUAGAAGGAAGCUGGGCCUGAAAGUGAAAGAUACCAGUCAGUUCAGUGAUGGUGUGCAUAACAGCACUGCUGAAGAGAUUGAUUCAGAGCUCCAACACGGUUCAGAUAUAAAUGCAGACUCUCCGGGCAUUAUAGAUUGUAAUACAAGCUGCAAGAGUCAAAGCUAUUUAAAGGAAGAACCCUGCCCCUCUUCCCCGGAAACUUCUUUCUUUGGGCAUUCUAAAGUGUCAAAUAUGGAAGAUUUGAUGCUGGAGCUCUUGUUGGGCUUGAAGCAUUUAAGUUUAAACAAUUCGAGCAGCCAUAUUGGAAAUUCUAGGCUGUUGCAGUCAUAUUCAUCAAAGUACUCCAAUUCUGAAGAUGAAUCUACCUCAGACCAUUUUCUUGAAGAGCAACGGGGCAAACUACCAACCCAAUACCUUACCCAGUUGGCAGCCAAGCCAUUUUUCUGUGAGCGUCAAGGUUGUACAUGUGAAUUUGUGACCAGGGAAGCACUGUUGACGCAUUAUGUUAGAAAACACAAUUAUUCAAAGGAGAUGGUGCUUCAGUUGAAUAUGUUUCAACAUCGGUAUUCACCUUUUAAAUGUCAUAUUUGCCAAAGAUCCUUUACCAGAAAAACACAUCUUAGAGUCCAUUAUAGAAACAAGCAUAAGCUUGGCAAUGUGACAGCAACCCAGAAACUGUUUACGAAUGACAGUUUCGAGGAUAUGGGGGAGCCUGCGGAGGAUAUGCUGAACAGCAGUGUGGCUUCAAUGUCUUCUUUCUAUGCCAACACAGAAGAAGAAUUUAAUGCCCAAGCUAAGCUUUCAGGUGAAUCUCAGUGUCAUACUAAGAAGGAAGAGCUUAGUUCUGAAACAGAUCUGGAAUCUAGUGAAGAAGCAGAAAGCUGUGUAACAGGGAAACAAACUAAACUUUCUGCUUUGGAAAGCCACCGGAAAGGACUGGAAGCGAGAGAGGGGAGGGGAAGUAAAAGAACUGUUGCCAAAGGAAAUUUAUGUUACAUUUUACACAAAUACCACAAACCGUUCCAUUGUAUUCAUAAAAACUGCAACUCGGCAUUUACUAAUCAGAAAGGUCUGAUUCGUCACUACAGAACUGUACAUCAGUAUAACAAAGAGCAGCUCUGCCUAGAAAAAGACAAAGCAAGAACAAAGAGGGAACUUGCCAAAUGUAAAAAAAUAUUUGUCUGUAAACAUAAGGCAUGCAGCAAGCGCUUCUUAUGCUCUAAAUCUCUGGCUAAGCACUGCAGUGACUUUCAUGCCCUUGACCAUGUAGAGGAUUCAAAAGGGCUCUCUGAAACGGAGUCCAUGAGAUUUCCUUGUCAUUAUCCUCACUGCCCCGCGGCAUUUUAUUCCUUCCACAAAUUAAAGCAUCACCUUUCAGAAGAACAUGCCAAGGAGGAAGAAAUAAACAAAGAGAUUGAAAUCCACUGCGACCUUAAUGGAUGUAACAGAGUUUUCACAACCUAUAGUCGCUAUUCUCAACAUGUAUAUUUUCGACACAGUGAUUACGAUGGCAUCUUGGAAGGUGCCAAAGAGAAAGGGAACCACCUUAAAGAUGAACAAGAGCAAAGCUGCUUAAAAGAUCGGUGUCUCCGGCAUGAAGAGAAUGAUAAAAAGAAACAGAUCAAUGAAAAAGUUGAAAAGAAUAAUAAUAAACAUAAAGGAAAGCAAUUGUAUAACUUCAGAACAAGGGAGGAAGCUCUCCAGAUGUGCAGAGACAACUGCAAUCAGACCCAGUAUCCUUGCAUGAUUCAGGGAUGUCCCUCCGUAGUAAAACUGGAAAGCAGUAUUGUGCGGCAUUAUAAGCGCACCCAUCAGAUGGCCGGUGCUUAUAUCGAACAGCAGUAUGAGGAGCUUGUCCUUUGCGUUGAAUGUGGUACUGUGAUAAAUGACUCCUGUUUAGAGGCAAGUCAGGAUUCAAAUAAAGAGGCAAAUGGUGACUUUAAACAGGAGGUAGCUGCACAUCCUGCAUAUCAAGACAGGGGAGAGCGUCUUGUUUUGAACUCAGAUCGUGAUGAUAAAGCAAGUAAAAAUGGCAGGUGUUCGGAGGGUGACAAGGUUCAGGAAGCCAGUGUCUUCUUGUAUACAGGCACUUUAAAACAUAUCCACAAUCCAAAAACCAGAUAUCUUGAAGAGCGUAGUCUAGUGGAAUCUGCUGAGCAGCGUAAAACACAAGUGGAUGACUUGCCCAGCAGCGAUGGGAAAGAAAAUACCUCUUACUGCAUGAGGUCAGAUGUGCAGUUACCGAGAGAGAAAGAAGCUAGAGACUGGCAACACACAUCCCAGCCGAGCAUUAAAAAACCCCUUUCUGCUACAAAAGACAAGAUGCAGAAGCAAUCCAUGCCCAAGCCCUUUGAUAUAAAGUCCUUCAAGCCAAUGGGGUUUGAGUCUUCAUUUCUAAAGUUCCUUCAAGAAAGUGUGGAACGAGAGGAGGAGGAGGAUGACGACGAUGAUUUUGUGGAUGAUUGGGAGCCAAAUGAACAGUACGGAACUGCUGGUGGGGUGAAAAAAGAUAAAGACUUUAAAAGGGAUAUAUCACAGAGCAGGGUUACAUACGGAAAUGUCCCAGUGACAGCCAUGCCCAAGAAGAACAGUGGCUCCAAAGCUCAUGGGCAGCUGAGGGGUAUACAGCCGCUCUUAUCAACGGACUCUCCUAUCCCUUCUCUUGAAAAUCUGAGGGUCAUAUUGGACAAGGCAUUAACAAACUGUGGGGACAAUGCCUUAAAACAACUUCAUUAUUUACGACCAGUUGUUGUUCUUGAAAGAUCUAAAUUUUCCACAUCCCUCAUAGACUUUUUUCCAACAAAAAAAUCAGAUCACCUUUGUGUGGGAAGUUCAUAAAAUUUUGUGUUUAUUUAAGUGAAAGAGAGCGAGAGAGAGCGAGAGAGAGAGAGAGAGAGAGAGAAAAAGAAGACUGCCUCCACUACUGCUACAUGGGGAAAAUUUGCUAAUUUGGUUCAGUGCACCUGUUGUUGAGGUUAGAUUAGACUGUUGAGUUCCAUGAAUGUAUGACAUCUGUCCACAGUAUUGGCUAAUACAGCUCCCUGGUUAAAUUAAGAGAGAGAGAGAGAGAGAGAGAGAGAGAGAGAGAGAGAACUGAUAUUUUGGUGCUAAUUAACAGAAUAUUGAGUAGGGGGCUUCCUCUGGCAAAGUAAAUGUGCAUGAUUGUAUAUGGAACAAGUACUUAGGGUACCAAGGUGGGGGAGGGGGAGGGGGGAAGGAUAAAGAUCUUACUUGACUUGAAUGUGCACCUCCAGGGUGCUUCGUGUAACAUAUUGUACACUACAGCAUCUUAUAUUUUUUGAGUUAUGAGUUUCAAUAAAAUGAAUUUUUUCACCCAUUUUGGUUGACUGUACAGCCAGAUGUUGAUAGCUUAAGAUAAAUUGGAAUUGAGGGUUGUGUGUAAUAGUUUUGAAUUCUGGCAUGUUACCUACCUGUGAAAGUCUGGAUAGCAUAGUCCUGUGGAAGAGAAAAUGCGGGGGGGGGGGCACUAGUAAGAUUAAAUUUAGCAUUUUUAUAAGGUAUGUCAAGAAGGAAACAAGCAGCAAGGUAUAGAUGUGAAAAUUCUUUAUUGUGGUGCUUCCUGAAAAUAGAAGAAACCUGUCUCUUGUAUGGUCCUUAAACUAUCCAAAUGGGAAAAGAGAUCAAAUAUAUACAGAAAUAACUUUGUAUAAAUAUUUAGAUUUUUACAACUCACAUAUAGACCAGUAUUACUAUUCAGCUAUUUUCCUGGUUUUGUGAGUUGGGAGUUUUGGAUUUUAAAAGAAACAGAGGAAUAUGAAACACAUUUGUUUUUUUGUAAUUUCCAUUGUUUGGCAGUAUUCCUUUUGCUUGAUCUUAGAUCCUGUUUUUUUCCAAAAAAAAAAAAAAAGUUAAAGCAGUGCAGUCCACAAAAGCAGUAGAGUGGCUUAAAGAAAUAAUUUGCACUGAAUUCAUGUGACUGAGAAAUUUAAGUUAUAUUCAUAACAUAUUGUAAUUUUUUCUCCAUUAUUAUUCAGUAUUGCUGCCCACCAUUGGGUAGCAAAGUUUUCAAAGAGCAGGCGCAUUCUAUGCAAAAACUCUGUGCUAUCUACCUUUAACUAGUGCUAUUGGUUGAAAUGAUAAAAUGAUCUUUGUUUUUAAAAACCUUGUUUAGUUGUUUAAUAAUAAAUUCUUCCUAGAAGAACUGAAGCAUCCACUGCUCUUACACUCCAUUUUCUAAGGGUGCUACUUUUUCCUCCUUUGCAAUGUGGCAAUAGCACAUUUGAUUAUAACACCCUGUAUUAUCCCUUUCCCAAUUAUCUCAAACUUUUUGUGGUCUUAAUUUGCUGAGAUUAUAACUGAAUUACUUUUCAGCAUGCCAGCCUUCUGGCUUGUGCGCUAAUGGCUGUGUCGAACAGUGGAGAGAACAGCUAGUUGCAAUAAUUUGUCACUGAUAAGAAUUGGCUGCUGUACAAUACAUUCUUCAUGCUAAUUAGCAAGAACAUAAGAAUUGCUUUUUAAGAUCAGACCAAAGAUUCAUGUAAGCAGUUGACUGUCUCAUAUAGCGUCAUGCCACAUGGCACGGCAAAUUCACCAUUGGGGCAUCAUGGAGUUGGCACAUCCCACUUGUCUCUAUCUCAGUCAUAUACCUGAGCGUAAACGAGUUUCAUGAGCACAGGCACCUGUUGGUGUGUGGUGUUAAAAUUGGCCAGUCGUACUUUUUCACAGGUUUUGUCUUCAAUACCAGAUGCUCAUUAAGGAAGGGAUUCUUCUAGUUCUUUCAUGAUGACUUUGGUAUAAUGAAUGGGAAGAAAGGAGGCUUCUUUCUGAAGGUCCAGGCUCUGUCUUGGCAGUACUAAUUGUGAAGCCAUGUUGGUUUUACAGACCAUGUUUUCUCUUUGUUGUAAAGAACCAACAGAGAUCUUUCUAGAGAUUUAGAAGGAGCACACUAACCUCCUGCAAUUUUCUAGAUUCCUUUGAAGUUUCACCAGUUCUACAUCUGUCUGUUGACUCAUUCUGUCUUUAUGUUAAGUUUACAUGUUCAGAGUAGCUUACAAAGAGCUUCAAGGAAUUUCCCCAUCAAGUUAUUGGGUCUUGCUAGCUUUAUCAGAGUAACAGCAUUAUGUACCUUUGGGCCAUUUUAUGUUUUAAAUCAAAUAUUGUGUUGCUCAGCGUUGGCAGUAUAUGGCCUUUCUGUUUUCUGAAAAUCUCUUAAAACCCUUAAAACUUAUACAGCAGAAAACAAGACAUACAGUAUUAAAUGUAGCUGUAUCUUCUUUAAUGCAUUAUUUUAUAAUGCUAGAAGAAAUCCUAAAGUAUCGAUCCAUAAAACAUCUGAAUUCCACCAAGAACAAAUAAAGUAUGUGAUUGAGAGAGAAUAAUUCAGGGACUUAAGUAAGACUACUCUGACAGGAAAACUCUUCUUGUAAAGCUCCAGCAACUCAACUGAGAGAAAAUUAUUUCCACUCCAGAGCAAGUCUUAAAAUGGCUAGCAUUUAAUGCUGGAAAGUAUACCACAAAUGAAAUAAAGUAGACCUAAAGAUCUCAGGGACUUGGAGAGAGGGUAUCAGGAAACAGCAAUGUUAGAUUCCAGAGGUUUUGAUUACAGUGGUGGCUAAUAGAAACUAUCAAAUGCUGUAAUCGAUCAAUACUGCUCUUAUUCCUUGAAAACCAUCUAAAUGUGUCAUCCAUCUUUCUGACUUAACAAUAUUCUACUGCUUGACGAACACAUGUUCAGAAAAAAUUAAAUAUGUGAUUAGACAUCUAUUUAAAGGGAAAUUGUCUUCCAUAGAGUUUAGAUUAGCUAAAUUUUGUUUUCCAAGCUCUUCUAUCCAGAGCAAUCAUCUUAAAUGUUGAAAAGAUUCUUUGGUGUGUCCAACUUCUGAGACGCUUAAGAAAUUGUUAAGGGUUUGUCUUUAGUUGCCUUUAAAAAAAUCCUUCUUGCCUUAUCUUAUAUUUCUGUCUGUCGUAUCUUGAUAAAAUCCAUGCACUGUCUUCAGUUUUCACGUAGGUUAAUUUUUACUUCCUAAAAUUAUACCCAUUUAAUUGUAAUAAAUUUUUAUACUACUGUUUA